AUGAAUAAAAACCCACAACGCAAAUGGCUGUGGCUGGUCGGGCCAUUCUGCAUAUUCAUGCCUUUGAUGCAAGAGAGCCGUCACGCGCUGGCGCAUCCCCCGCCUUUUCCCUCCAGGCCAGUCUCCCCAGCAGAAGACUCGCAAAGUACCCUCCAUGCCCGGCGAGGAGGCUAUUACCCCGCUUCUUAUCUGCAGCUGCGCCUGGGGGGCAGGUACCCUCUACAUGCUCCCCCACGCAAACCUCCGCACUUCCCCAGGUACCAGCUACCUCGCCCUCCCGUCUUCGCAGUCGUCCCCCACCGGCACUUGGCCUUGACCAUGCCCAAUCUAUCCCGGCCAUGCUGUCCGCCAUCCAUCCCCAUUCGCUCGCCUCAUAUGCGAACCUGCCCCUUCUUGUAUCCCAUGUACAAAGAUCAGCGCCUGCUAACCCGCCAGCCAGCUAGCCGGCCACUCAGUCUUGCCUCUCCAGUCACCAAGCGCAGCCUGAAGCCUUCCCCCAUCGCCGCUGCUCCGCAAAGAACCUCGCCUUUUGCCCAGUCUGCCGACCUGGCCAGCAUCCAGCCUGCCCCUACGCUUGCUCCCGCCCUGGCUCCUGCGCCCUCCAUACCCGGUCAAGACUCUUUUGCCCCCUCUCAACUUUCACCCGUCCAAGGCGCCAAUUCGCGAAAGCGCAAGUCCGUCACCAUGGCCCACCAGAUGGAAGACAUGGCCGGCCCUGUACCCGCGUCCGCUGCUCAACAGACGGGUGGGGCCGCAGAGGCAUCUGGCGCUGCCGACGCGGACGCGCUCGCCCAGGAGCCCAAGGUCAAAAAAAGCCGGACAAAUACGCCCUGGACGCCCGCCGAGGAGCAGAGGCUCAAGCAGAUGCGCGAUGCAGGCAACAGUUGGAGCGAGAUCGCAAAGGUACGGAUGGACUGCUCUCGGUCGCACAUCGUCUCUACGCAGACUCCCUGUGGUGCUUGGCCAGUGUACCCGAGUCGGAUGGCGACUUUCCCGCAACGGACAGAGGGUAGUGUAAAGAAACACUGGUACAAGGACAUGCAUUACGCCGAAUUCGGUGAAGACGAGAGUGCAGCGCUCUUGUCCGCCAUCAAGGAGUACGAUGCAAACAAGUGGAAGUCCAUCGGCCAAAAGGUUGGCAAGCCGGCAAAGGCAUGCGAGCAGUAUGCAAAGGAGCAUUUUGGAGGGAAGUACUGA